AUGAUUGAGCUCAAACUUGACAGUGAAAAGCUUUUCUAUUACAGGUAUUACGAUCGCGUUCAUUGGCUUGGUCGGAAAUCUUGCAGUUUUCCUUUUUGCCACCACUGUCAAAACUCUUCAAAAUUCUUUCGGAAGACUCUCAGCAUCGCAAUCUUUUGCAGAAGCAAUACUUUGUGCAGUGUUUAUGUGCUUCUACUGUCCGAUGGUCGUUUUGUAAGUCCUCGGCAGGUCGGCUUCAACAUUCCCACUUUUAAAACUGCAUCCUCCUACAUGGGUCUCGUUUUACUCUUCUGCUACGACGUAUGUAUUUUCUCUCACUUGUUCAUUGCCAUCAACCGAUUGUGUGCAAUUUCCUUCCCAAUUAAGUACAGUGAUCUGUUUAGCGAGCAAAACACACGAAUUCUAAUUUUCAUCGCCUACGCAAUCCCCUGUUUUACUUCGAUAUACAUGCACCUAGCGAACCAUUGCCUCCUUCCGUAUGUGGACUUUGGAUGGUACUUUGGUGUGAACACAUCUGCCAGUUGUGACGUCAUCAGAUUCUAUGUUGAUUUUUGCAAAGAUUUUGGGGUGGUUGCUCUGAUUGCGAUCGUUGAUGUUUCCACUAUGAUUAUGAUCAAGGUUACCGCAUCCAGAAUGAAUUCCACCUCAUCAAACAGCCUUCAAAGCCAAAAGCAUCGUGACCGAGAAAUCGCAUUUGUCAAACAGUGCAUUAUCCAGGGAGGGGUGUUCGCAGCAGAACUUAUUUCAUUUUUCAUAAUAUCCGGGAUGCAAACAAAUCCAGUUGGAAUAUUCAUUUGCACUACUGUAGCCUGGUGCUCGGUUCAUUCAAUCGAUCCGUAUGUUUUGAUUUUUCUAAACUCAGAACUGCGAAAUAUGUUGAAGAAGAACCCAAUCGGGAUGGUGAGACAUACUCGAGUCACAAACUCUGCACAACCAGCCAAUCAAGAAUCGAAAUUUGACUGA